AUGGCGGUGCCAAAGGAGUGGACGGACACCUGGAACCUGUUCGACGAGCGCAAGACUGGUAGCGUGAGUCAGACCGACGCCAAGCACAUCAUCCGCAGUCUUGGGCGCCGCUACACGGAGGCGGAGUUCAACGAGCUGCUGCAGGGCGUCCCCGACCCGGUGCCGUACGAGAGCUUCGUCGCUCUCAUGCAGAAGCCGUACACUGGGCCCUCCGAGGAUGACCUGCGAACGGCGCUGCGUGCCUUUGACGCCACGGACUCGGGCUACCUGAAGCUCUCGGAGCUCAUCACGCUCCUCACGUCGCUCGGGGAGAAGAUGCCAGAGCACGAGGUGAAGCAGCUUCUAGCGGAAGUGAAGACUGAUGAAGAGGGCCGCGUCGAAAUUGACGACCUUGUGCGAUUUCUUUGCACACCGGUGCCAUCCGUGACACCCGACAUCGCGGAACUGCAGAAGCAGCUUGCCAACGCCAGCUGA